CACCACAAAACCUCCACAUCACUUCCAAUCACCAGGAAUCAACUCCGCAGGCUACAAGAUCCUGAAAAUCCUAUGCUAAGUUGUACCAUUGACUCGUCGAGCAUCGUGUCGUGUUGGGCCUCGAGUCAGUAACAGAAGCUUCACGCCACAAUAUCAACAACGAGCCAUACCUUCAGGCUAUGAGCAGCUCCCCGCGCACCGAAUCACACGAAUGGAUUAUUUGAACACUGGCCGUUGCAGACUGCACCAAUAUUCAUGGCUUGGAUAGAUGUUUGUGCGGCCGGGACAUGCAGAGGGACUUGGUGGUAUCUGGUUGACACAUCUCUUUGGCUCGACAGACACGAAGCGUUGACUGGAUACUAAAAGAAUUGGACUCGACGGGUCCGUCCUCCGACCACAGUGCGCAGUAGUCACGUAAGCGUCUGAAUAUAUUCAGUGGAUUGUCAAGGCAAUUCAUUGUCUCAGCUGUACGAGACUUUCGGAGACUCUAUGAAGUUGGGUCCGUAAUUCUUUCAGUCGAGCACCAACAACACCGCCGACGCCUCGCAUGAUCACAGCGCAUCGGAUGCCCUACUUGAAUCUCGGCUCAGAGUGCUGGAUUUCUCGUCGUAAGGCUUUGCGGAUCCUAAGAUUCGGGUUUCUGGGUUCAUAUCCAGACAUGGACGGAGCACUGACACCGAAGCACGACUACCGUUCGAGUAAAGUCCGCGGACCGUGGCAAAGAGUGGACAGAUAAAAAGCCUCUGGCAUAUCGCUUACAAUGAGCUUUCUUUUAUUCACAGGGAUCGACCUCUUGGGCUCUGCAACAGACAUCAUCCUUCGCCUCGAAUCCUCACACAUCGUCGAUCCCUUGGCUCCCAGCUGCCACUCGGCGCUUCCCUCGCUCCUCGAACUUUCCCUGGAACAUCCAUCGUGUCCUUUCAAUCCAUUAGUCCAUCUCGAAAAACCAUAUCCCGAUCGUAUGCACUUUCCAGCCUAAUUCAUACUGCUGGAAGAGGAAAAUCUCGGAAGAGGAAAAACACAUUCGAAACGAGCGUUGCGCAUAACGGAGAUGUGAAGAGGUAUUUCAAAGGUAUACCCAGAUGCCAGUUUGGUCAGGCCGAGGAGAGGAGCACAUCCAAGGCGGAUCUUGAGGAGGAUUUCAAACAUUUCGCCACUCAGACAAAUCUUCCCUGGCAGAUAUGAAAGAGAAUGGCUUCUGUUCAAAGAAAAGACUUCGAAACUAAAUGGAAGUCUCUCAUGAAUGCACUCACCUGCUUGUCGGGGCUGAGCGCUAAAUCAUGGAUCGCACGAGAGCCUAGCUUCGCUCCAGUGAGCAUCAUCACUGGCAUCUACGAAGGACUGCGAUAUAAAUUUCAGGGAAUUCCUCGUAUCCGACCGUCUGGCAGUUUUUGGCUGCCAUAUCCAUAUUUACUGUCGUCGCAGUGAUGGCACUGUCAAGUAUCUCUCUGUUUUCAAAUCCGAGUCAAACAUGACUGGAAAGAGGGGGGGCAGGUAGUGGGUUUAAUGAGCGAUCAUCAUCAUCAACAACAACAACUAACCUCCUCUGAUUCCGCUCUUUGCCAUAUAUGCCCUUGCGUCCACAUUUUCGUUCUUACGCAGCUCGAUUCUCUCUACAACUGAAUUAUAUUCUGGGUAUGGUAAUGGGCUAUGAGAGGAGACCAUAAUCGAAAAUGAUAAUCAAGACAUCCGCCGUUCAAGAUUGACAGGAUAGCUUGUCCAAAAAACUUCGCUUUCAACCAUAACCUUCCGAGCACUCCCCAUCCUCACCCACGAUCUCCGCUGAAAUUUACGACCGUAUAUAGUCAUCGCACCAAAGAAAGGGCUCGACAAGAUCUACGAUAAUUCUAUUCGGCGAGGAAUGCUCUUCUUUUCCAAGGCUCGAGUUUCAUGAGAGUGGCGAUUGAUGAUCCUCUUGGAUAUUUCUAGAGCAGAAGCUUUCAAAGAAUACAUAUGGACGACGAGCUUCGUGGUGGCUUAUUCAUCUGAGAGUGCUGGGGCAGAAGUCAGAGAGAUCGAGCAACAGCUCGAGUUACACCGAGGAAAGCACCUUCUUAAUCAACUGGGAUAAUUACUUUUGGCUCCACGAUUUGUUCUGCAAAAUUCAUCGUUGUGCUAGUACAAAGUUGCAAACCAUGUUCAGAUAUGGUUGUUACCAUAUGAAUAAUGGCGAAAAGACCCAAGCCAAUCCCAGCUCUAUUUACAGUUGCAAAUAGGGCCACCCACGGCUACUAUCAAGCCAAUAUCAUGUUGACGAACUCUUGGACAGCUCGUUUCCGCUCCUCACGUCUUUUUUCGUUGUCAUCGUUCUUCCAGUUCAAUCUUGAGACAAAAGUCAUAGAACCAGCAGGCACAGCUUGAGAAUCAAUCGACAAGACGAUGUCCUUGUUAUAUUUGUAUCGACGCAGCAGGAGCUUCUUGUCUUCAGACACAAUCUGGAUGACGGUACAACCUCGCGAUUCAAGGGUGUCCAGUGCUUCUUGUACGCCCGCUUCGUUGAUGAGAUUUUCGUACAAGAGUGAUGCCUUGUGAUGGAAUGUGAAAACAUCCCAGGCUAUUUUCACUGGGUCGCCGUCCAGGGAAGUUGCGCGCGUAGGGAUGGUGGCUCCAUUACAUUUGUCGCAGCUUGUUUGGUACGAAGGAUAGCUCUCACAGCAGAACCAGCAUCCGGGCGACUUUAUAAUGACUUCGUGUUUUGGUAUUGCUCGAUGUUCUGUUCCGGGAGCAGACAUUCUUCUGGAGGGUGGGUGCUGGGGGCUGGAGGCCGCUGGUGAUUCUUAUGGGUAUCCUGCGCAGUUCAAUACAGAAGGCGCUGGUGAUUCUUAUAGGUAUCCUGCGCAGUUAAAUACUAAAGGUAGAAGCCGACAGCUCGGCUAGGAAGCUGUCUUGGCUUCCAGAAGUUGCUUUGGAGCGUCGCAUGUCGAUUAUGACUAAGUCGCAUCCAGUCUUUGAAUCAAUGGGCCUUGGUACUUUCUUUGUGUAGGGUAGGGAAGAUACUUUGGGCCAUUUCAGCACUCUGUGCGUUUCACCUAGCAUCCAGUCUUUGAAUCAAUGGGCCUUGGUACUUUCUUUGUGUAGGGUAGGGAAGAUACUUUGGGCCAUUUCAGGUGCGUGUCGGGUCUCAGUAACAGUAUGGGCGGCAUUGCCAUAACGAAAUCGCGGCCUGCGACCUAUUUGGUGACUCUUGUUGUUCAGCAAGUCCUUUCUACGCUGUUCUAGGUAGGCUGUUCCGAUUUUUUUCAUCAGGAUGGUACUGUGAAGCAUAUGACGGUGGUCUUCCUUUGGUCUUGCGGGCUCUCAGUAGAAGACAGAACACUUCACGGCUCACGAUGUAGGCGCAUUCACGAGCGCCUUUGAUCACAAGGCUAUAAAAUGGGGCUCUUACGAGAAUUGCCAGUCACUUUAGGCAGCAGCCCGAACAGAACACAGCCAUGGAUCGCAUUGACUAUGAAGACUAUUCUCACCCAGAAAAGCUUUACACUGGUUUGGUGCUAGUGGACCCAGGCAUGGAUCCCAGCAAGCUUGAAGAGAUCGGUUUGCAGAGAUCCCCAGAGCUUAAGGGGCGCUUCCACAAUCGUGAAGAAGGGGAGGACGAAAAGGAGCUGUGUUGGAACUGCGGCUGGGCGGUCAAAAACGAGCUCCUUUCUUCGUAUGGAUCACGCGUCAGAAUUGUUCAUACCAGACGCAAUAUUGGAAUAUGGCAAAUUGGAUCGAAGUGGAUGAUCCGCGACCAGCCAAAUGACCACUCGCUUGGCAAUGAUUUUAUAACGCAAACUUUUCUGCGCCACCAACCUGGCCAUAGCAUUCCAAUUCUGAAGGAAAUGAGGCUAUUAAGUGACCCAAAUGACAGGGUAUGCCUCACCUUGAUGUCUCGGGCUCAAGGCGUGGGACUAGACACUAUCUGGGACGAUCUAUCAGAGGAACAAAAGACCAGCUAUAGACACCAGAUGAGAGACAUUCUGAAGCAAAUGAGGAACUUCACUUCUCCGGUCUGUGCCAAGGUCAAUGGUGACCUCAUGGACGACGGUACAGUUGGAGAGUGUCUUCGCCGCACUUCUCCCACGUGCCACAAGAUGGGACGCACAAAUGAUGAAUGGUUUGAGAACCUUUCAAGCGAGCUACGCUUUGGCCUCUCACGGAUCCAUGACACAAAAGACCCCGUGGUCAUCGAGGAGAAGUUUCAAGAACUAAAGAGAACCUUCCCAUCAUCCGAGCCAUAUGUUUUGACGCAUGCAGAUCUUAAUUUCACUAAUAUCAUAGUGAAAGACAACAAGAUCGAGGCGAUUAUCGACUGGGAAUUUGCUGGUUUCAUGCCCUGGUGGGUUGAACGCUGGUUCACAGUCGUAGGUGGCACUGACCAGACGGAUGAGCUCUUCAAACCGAUAUGGGAGGAGUUAGAGGGGGAUUACGAGACUUUCAAGACAAAUGUUGUCAAACCUGUACAUAAAGCUCAUGGGACUUAUCAGAUGAGCAUAUCUGAUCAAUAUAUGUCACAUAACAACAACAGAAAUCGAUGGCUGAGGCCAGGGUUUUGUAAAUGCCAGCCAUACGCUGGGUAUUUUGAAAAUGUUUUAACUGGAGAAAAGCUUGAACAUGUAACCCAUUUUGAUACAUGA